CCCUCCUUGAAGCGCCUGACACAGAAGCCCCGCCCCUUCUCAUUUCCAGCUCCUCGGAAUCACCAUUUUCUUCUUUCCUGUCAAGCCGGAGCGGCGAGCUUUAACGGUCAAAAUGGAGGAAGAAUACGACGUUAUCGUCCUCGGCACCGGACUGACGGAAUGCAUUCUGUCAGGCAUCAUGUCGGUGAAGGGGAAAAAGGUUUUGCAUAUGGACCGCAACUCCUACUAUGGUGCCGAGAGUGCUUCCAUUACACCUCUAGACGAACUCUACAAGCACUUCAAGCUGCCAGGCACACCACCAGAGUCCAUGGGAAGAGCUCGGGACUGGAACGUUGACCUUAUCCCUAAAUUCCUCAUGGCCAACGGUCAGCUGGUCCGUAUGCUGCUGAUCACAGAGGUGACUCGCUACCUGGAGUUUAAGGUGAUCGAAGGCAGUUAUGUGUACAAGGCUGGCAAAAUCCACAAAGUGCCCUCAACUGAGACCGAGGCGCUUGCUUCUAGUCUAAUGGGCUUGUUUGAGAAACGCCGUUUCAGAAAACUCCUGGUCUUCGUCGCCAACUUUGAUGAAAACGAUCCCAGAACCAUGGAAGGGGUCGACCCUGAAAAGACUACAAUGAGAGCUAUUUUCCAGAAGUUUAACUUGGACCAAGACGUGAUGGACUUCACUGGCCACUCUCUUGCUCUCUACCGCACAGACGAGUACUUGGAUCAGCCGUGCAUCCAGACGAUAAAGAGGAUAAAGCUUUACAGUGAGUCUCUGGCCAGAUACGGCAAGAGUCCGUACCUCUAUCCACUGUAUGGUCUGGGAGAACUGCCUCAGGGAUUUGCCAGGUUGAGUGCCAUCUAUGGUGGAACCUACAUGUUGAACAAGCCUAUAGAGGAGAUAGUGAUGGAGAACGGGAAGGUGGUAGGAGUCAAGUCUGAAGGACAGAUUGCACGUUGCAAGCAGCUGAUAUGUGAUCCCAGCUACUUCCCUUCCCACACAAAAAAAGUGGGUCAGGUUGUCCGUGUCAUCUGCAUCUUGAACCACCCGAUCGCCAACACCAAUAACGUGAGCUCGUGCCAGAUCAUCAUCCCUCAGAAUCAGGUCCAGAGGAAGCAUGACAUCUACGUGUGUAUGAUCUCCACUGCUCACAACGUGGCUGCUGCAAACAAAUACAUUGCCAUUGCCAGCACCACCGUGGAGACGAAUGACCCAGAGAAUGAAGUCAAGCCUGCCUUGGAUCUCCUGCAGCCAAUCGAGCAGAAGUUUGUCAGCGUCAGCGACCUGUUUGCCCCUACAGACAGGGGCACAGACAGCCAGGUUUUCAUCUCCCACUCAUACGAUGCCACAACUCACUUUGAGACCACCUGCGACGACAUCAAGGACAUCUACCAGAGAAUGACCGGCUCUGAAUUUGACUUUGCCGCAAUGGAACGUCAGAAGAAGGACAUCUAUGGCGACGCUGCAGAGUAGAAGACCCUCUGAUUCCUCAGUUGAAUCAUUGCUGCCGACAUUUAAGUCUUUACACAUGAGAAUAGAGAGCGUACGGAAGUAAAAUAAGCAACGGCGGGCUGACUGAUCGUCAACAAGCGUCUGCCCACUUUCGAAGUUUCAUCGUAGGCAGUUUAGUAUUGUUGGUCAUAGUUCAGGGUGCGAGCUAUGCUUUUUUUUUCUUAUCAAACACAAUCACUAUAUUGUUUUAAUAAAACUACACAUGCUAUUCUUCUAACAUGGUUGCGCAUAUUCCAAAGAUGCCAAAUAAAAUGAUUAACCAGGUAAACAGUCUGUACAGGAGCCAACUGGAUAUUUCUUUUCAUGCUAAUAUUUUUUCCCAAGUGUGCGGUGUGAUUGUGACAAAAACUAUUCAGCGGUUUUGUUAUCGUGUGGUACAGUGAUCCGUGCAUUUGUUAUCCAAAAGAUUUUUUUUUUGCAAUCUGACCUAAAUUCUUUGAGGCUAGUUCCCAUGGCUGAGCUGAGCGGCUACUGAAAGUAUAUUCAAUUUGGUAUUAUGCACAAAAAGAAGAGGAGCAUGGCGUCACUGUGUAUUAUCAGUGUGGUUGACUGUAAUCACUUAAGAUGGACCAAAUGUGUGCUGAAGCAGUAUUGUCUUGGUCAGAGCCCAGUGAGACCUUGUUCUGUCUUGGACUCACAAUGACUUCUGUACUGCAAAGUAAAGACAACAAAAGAAUUUCGUCAAA